GAUCAAUGAGCGGAGCGGUGGACUGUCUUCACUUCGGAACCCAGCAGCUCGGGUACUGAGUACUGGUUUCACUCACAGCUCGGAGACUUGGUACUGGUUACCCAAACAGUUGGGAUACUUGGUACUGGUUUUCCUAACAGUUGGGAUACUUGGUACUGGUUUCAGCCCAGUGGACCAGUCAGAGAGGCGAUGUGUUGACUGGUCGGGACUGGAGUGAGAUUUGUUUCCUACCAGGCAGCCUGAAGAGACGAGAUGCCGCAGCAGAAAGACAUUGUGAAGAUCGCCAUCCAGAUGCCUGGAGCGUACCCACAACUCAUACAGCUAGACCAGAAAAAGCCUCUUUCUGCAGUCAUCAAGGAGGUCUGUGACGGGUGGAACCUCUCAGGCCCUGAUAACCAUGCUCUUCAGUAUGCAGAUGGUGUGCAGAUGUACAUCACUGAGUCGAAUCGUCUGGAUAUCAAGAAUGGCUGCAUUCUGCGUCUGACCAAGGCCCCGGGCUGCUGUGCUGAGGACCUGUAUAAGGGCAUCCAGAGCGCGGACUCAGGCGUGCGCUGUGAUUCGCUGAAGCAGCUCGCUAACGUCUCCACCGACGUGACCUUCGCCCAGGAGUUCAUCAGCCGCGACGGACACGUCCUAUUGGUCAAGAUUGUGGAGGACGGCAACGAGUCUCCUCUCAUCAUGACCCACACUCUGACCAGCUUCUUUGAGCUCAUGGACCACCAGAUUGUCUCCUGGGAAAACCUCUCCUCUGCCUUCAUCAAGAAGAUCGCUAGCCUGGUGAAUGCUAAGGUGUGCGACGCGUCGAUCCAGCGGGUGUCCCUGGCCCUCCUGGAGAGCAUGGUGCAGAGCGGCCGCGCCCUCUACCUGCUCGUCAAGCAGGAGGUCACCCUGGAGCGCCUCCUCGCCCACCUGCAGGUGGCGAACCAGCAGAUCCAGACCAAAGCCAUGGCUCUGCUGAUGGCCCUACUGCAGACAGCCGGGGAUGCAGACAGACAGGAGCUGUUUGCGUUCUUAUCUAAGAAGAAUCUGCGCCAGUACAUCUACAAGAACAUCAUCCACAGCUCAGGGGCGGUGGGGGACGAGAUGGCCCACUACCUGUACGUCCUGCAGUCCGUCACCCUCAACCACCUGGAGCCCCGCAUGAGGACCCCCCUGGACUGCUACAGCCAGGACCAGAGGGAGGUCCUCCACACGCUCCGCCAGGCGGCGUUCGAGACGGAGAGCGAGAACAGUCUGAGCAACGAGCGCCGUCGCUCCCUCUGCGCCAAGGAGUUCAGGAAGCUGGGCUUCAGCAACAACAGUAACCCGGGUCAGGACCUGGUCCGCGCCCCCCCGGGCCUCCUGGCGCUGGACACCAUGGAGUACUUCUCCUCCCGCUAUCCGGACGCCUACAGCAGGUUCGUGUUGGAGAACAGCAGUAGGGAGGAUAAGCACGAGUGUCCGUUUGCCCGCAGCAGCAUCCAGCUGACCCUGGUCCUCUGUGAGAUCCUCCGCAUCGGGGACCCGCCCUCGGAGACGGGUGCCGACUACCACCCCAUCUUCUUCAGCCAGGACCGGCUGGUGGAGGAGCUGUUCUGCGUCUGCAUCCAGCUGCUCAACAAGACCUGGAAGGAGAUGAGGGCCACGCAGGAGGACUUCGACAAGGUGAUGCAGGUGGUCCGGGAGCAGAUCACCAGAACCCUGUCCAGUAAGCCCACCUCCCUGGAGCUCUUCAAGAACAAGGUCAACGCGCUGAACUACGGAGAGAUCCUGAAGCUGAGGCAGACGGAGCGGCUGCACCAGGAGGAGACGCUGGCCCUGCCCGUGGUGGAGCUGAAGGAGCGUCUGAAGCCGGAGCUCAUGGAUUUGAUCCGCCAGCAGAGACUGAACCGCCUCUGUCAGGGAACGCUGUUCAGGAAGAUCAGCAGCCGGCGGCGCCAGGAUAAACUGUGGUACUGCCGCCUGUCGCCCAAUCACAAAGUGCUGCACUACGGUGACGUGGAGGAGGACACUGAGAGCCCGGCAAUAGAGUCGCUGCAGGAGAAGAUCCCGGUGGCUGACAUCAAGGCCCUGCUGACGGGGAAAGACUGUCCCCACAUGAAGGAGAACAAGGGAAAGCAGACCAAGGAGGUUCUGGACCUGGCCUUCAGCAUCACCUACGACGUGGAGGACUACAGCCUCAACUUCAUUGCCUCGUCUAGAGCUGACUUCUGCCUGUGGACGGACGGCCUCAGCGUGCUGCUCGGUCGGGACAUGAGCAGCGAGUCGAUGCGCAGCGAGCUGGAGAUCCUGCUCUCCAUGGAGAUCAAGCUGCGGCUGCUGGACCUGGAGAACGUCCAGAUCCCCGACCUGGCCCCCCCCGUCCCACUGCCCCCCAGCAACUACCACUUCUGCUACGACUUCAACGCCACGGAGCAAUAGCCCACGUGUGGCUGUUGUCAUGUGUGUGUGUGUUUGUGUGUGUGUGUGUGUGUGUGUGUGUCUGCUUGUUCUCGGGUGUGUUUGCGUGUGUGUGUGUCUGCGGGCCCUAUCUUGCAUUCAGCGCAAUUGACUUUCAACACCGACGCAUGUGUCAUUGCUAAUUUGCAACUGGCGCAGAGCGUUCUUUUUCCUCCACCGCCACGCGUUGGUAAAUUACGGAAUGAUCUUGCGCCCCAAGGGGUGGUUCGGCGAAAGGAGGAGGCGUGUUCUGGCGCAAACGUUCCCUGGUGCUAUUUUGCAGUUUCAGAAAACAAUUGCGCCACAAACCAGGAAAUACCUGGUUUAAAGUCAGUGGCGCGUUGUUCAGAUGCUAUUUUUUACACUUUGCUUCUCUCAUCUACCUAGCCACACAUUCUUGGUAAAUUAUUUGGGAAAGAACAGCUGAUACAAUGGUAAUAAGUUGUACUUAAAUCAAUGCAUAUGCAAACACAGUACAGCAAACACAUAUUUUCUUGACACAGACAUCGUGUACAAGCCCAUAACUUUUAGGAUUGAUGAGUAUUUGAUCGUGAGAAAACAUUGUUUUACCGCGAGUGAGUGUUAAAAAGAAUGAAUGAAUGCGGGAGCGUGUGUGUGUAUGUGUAAAAUAAUUAACGGACGCAGGCGCGCCUGUGUGCGUCCAACACGUAAGGCAUAAUACAGUCCAUGCCAUGUAUAUUAACGGGGGGAUACAUGCAUAUUAGGAACACAAGUCGAUAAUGAUAAUGCAUUCAAUACUGGUAAGAAACUAUGUUUGUUAAUGUAUGGCGUAUAUCAUUAAAUAGAACCAGAGUUAAGUGUGUUACGUUUUCUUUGCCGAAAUGUAUUUCAGGACUCAGUAUUUCUGAAGCUGUGGAAGAAAACACUAUUCCAUGUGUGAAUUAGGCCAUAUUAUUAUGAUUAUUUCAUUAUUAAUGUAAUUAUUAUUACAUAUUAUUAUUAUAUGCAAACGCGCUGUCAAAAUAUCAUCUCGUCAGAUUCAAAUGCGCUCAUGGCGCUUUAAGGGGAUGGGAGAUGGCACUCUCAUUGGUUUAUUGCACGUUACGCCCAAACCACACCUACGGGUAAUUAGGCUACUUCAGAUAAACCCUUAUUAGAUUUGCGCCGGGCGCAAGAGUCAUUUAUCCGCCGGUAAAAUAGCAACAUCGCCAUAGAACCGCCCACAAAGCUGGUUGCGUUUGGCGCUCCUCACUUGCGUUUCAGACCGUUAAAAUAGGGCCCUGCGUGUUUGAUCUGCUUGUUCACGUGUGUGCCUUUGUGUGUGUGUCUGCUUGUUAUGUGUGUGUUUGCGUGUCAAAUGAUUACUUGCAAUCCUCUCGUCACCUGACUUCAUGCCUUGCUCCACUAGUUCAUGUGAAACACAUCGUUAGAAUACACUUCCAAAAACCACAAAAAACAAAUAUGAAAAUAUGAAAUAUGAAAAAAGAACAUCAUGUCAGUGUCGUCGAUCAGCUGAUCAGGUCGAUGGACCCUGAAGUGUCUCAUGGCUUGGGGUCUUCUGGAGUUCUCCUCCAUGUUCUGAAGGUACUGAGCACAGAAUAAAACCACCCUUUAUGUCAAGUCAGGGUACAGAAAUCCAUCCCAGAUUCUCCAAGUCCUUUGACAUUGAUAGACGAAAGAAGAGUAUACUAGUGUGUGUGUGUGUGUGUGUGUGUGUGUGUGUGUAUGUGUGUGUGUGUGUGUGUGUGUGUGUGUGUGUGUGUGUGUUUGUACGUACAUGGAGGUACGGUGUGGUGGUGUUCUCCUCGUGGUACGGUGUGGUGGUGUUUUCCAGGAGGUACAUGGAGAAACAGAGGGGGUACGAUUGGCCCUGGACCACCAGAUGCUCUGGGGCGUAUAUAAUACGUGGUACUUUCUCAUUUCCAAGCAAAAAAAGUGUUUAAUUUGACGUUUCUCAAAGUAGUGUUUAUCUUCCUCCUCACAGUGCUCCCCGUUUCAGUCUCCAGACUCACCUGGGAUGAAUUAAUCUGACACAGUGCGCAGGUCUGGGAGAAUGGUCCUAAUAUCCAUUUGGUCAAUCCCGAGAAAUACUUGCAACCUUCAUUUUGGAAACGGAUUCUCUGUCAUCACAAGACGUUUCUGGAAAGAAUUAUAAAGAUUGUGAUGCGUGUCAGUUCUUCAGAAAUAUACUGAAAGAUCCAGAAAACUCGGUACUCAAAUUUUUUUUAACUCUUGACACGUUAGAAAGGAACUGGACGGUUGUCCGUUUCGGAAUGAGACGUCGGAAAUUUGUGCAUUAUUUGAGAGUUCCGGUUCUUCUGACUAAACGUCGGUAACGACACCAAACAAGGCGGCCUUCACCGUUAAUGGAAAUUAAAUGGUAAUCGUUGAUGUUUGAAACAUGAAUCAUUUGAUGUGUUAUUAUGCAAUUACACAUCAAAUUGUGUGUUUGCGUCGUUUGUAUUUUGCUCUGCUUAUAGCAAUCUGUCUUAUUUAUCGGUAUCGUAGCCGAUUAAAUCAGCUAGCCCUUGUCCGACUCCUCGAAAUCAGCAUAAAUUGCUGCUGCAUAUAUUUUUUCUAUUCAGCACUGAGCGUGCAUCCGAUCCCCCCCGAAAUUCACAGCACAAUUAGAUCGGAAGUCGGUAUCUCCGGGUUGAAAGGUCAAAGUUCGGAGCCGUCUUGUGCCGCCUUCAAAGCAGCUCGGAGGUUCGGAAGCUCUUACGUGUCUUUACGUAAACCUGCCCUUCUUCCGAAAUAAGAGUGUUCAGGAAACGUUCGUAGGCUAUGACAUAAAACCGGAAAAAAAGUUUGUUCAUGAGACUAGAAAUAACAACAAGUAUGGAUGCCCGCAGGGACCUCUUAGCGCUUCUUUGCUGAAUCAGAUGAAUCAGUUAUUAGAACUGCUUGCGAUGGUUGAACAUGGGGGGGAAUUUAUCAGUUGAUUGUAAGCUAUAAUGUAUAGCAAUGCAAAUGUUAGAAUGGGUGUUAAGUUCGCCUCUCAGUGCUUGCUGCAAGGUCACUGUAGUCUAUCGAUGAAAUGGUUAGCUAUUGUUGUGACGUCAACUCUGAGGUUCGGGUUGCUCUGCUUUCGCACGAACUUCCGAGGGAAAUCUCUGAUUUAACAGAGUGUUCAAGGCGAUUUACUCCGAUCUUAAGGUCCGAACUUCCGAAAUUCCAGGAAACUCUGACUGUUUUGAAGGCACCAUAUAACGUGGUGUUUAGUGUAGUGCACUGUUACUCUCCUUCACUGUUAAACAGUCCGCCAACCACUUCAUUAAUCUGUUGUGUUAUAAUGUUUGUUUGUGAUUAAAACCCUACAAUCUCAAUCUCACAUUUGCAGUCCUUUGAGUCGGUUUUUGCUGGAUUGCGUUCUCACCCAAGUAUCUCGAAGCUGUUUUUUGAGCGCCCCUUGCCGUUUAAACGACGCAAUGACCUGAUCGCUUUGCUCUGGUUCAACCAUACAUUGUUGGACGGCCGACGCGGGAAGUCAGUCCGAGGGGGGGGUGCUGAGAGAGAGUCUAUAUAAUGAAGUCAUAAUAAAUGCUGCGCAACAUCCAUUGUUUAAAGAGACGAGAUGACGGGUGACGUCACAUUCAGGGCUCCGCUCUGAUAAACACUCUACUGGUGUGUAAACAGUGGCUAGUUCUGCCAACUAGCCACUGUUAUUCACAAAAGUUAGCAACUAAACAAUGUGGAAAUUAGAGUCAACUCGGCUGAUACUGUGCUGAAUUUCACACACUAACAACAUGCCGACAAGCUGUUGCGGUCCGGGAUUAUACACAGCGUCAUAACAAGGAUUCAGGAGGUUAUUUCUAAAGGUUUACAAAGGAAAAUGACAAUAAAAGAAAGCCUUAAUUUUCAUCCAGAGUUACGAGUUGUCUGAUAUGAGGAAAGUGACGGUUUCUCCGUCAAGUGAACCGUCCGUCUUUGCCCUUUUUUUGCCAACCAGUUUACUUGCGGGAUUCCAGAAUCAAAACGAUAACAUUCAACGUGUCUAUUAAUAUGGCAGCAACAUUUUACAACAGUUUUAGAAUGUU